GGGUCUGGCGGCCCGCCGCUCCGCCUCGGGGCCCGAGACCUGUCGCUCCGUCUGGGGGUCCCGGCGCCCCCCGCUCCCGCUCCGCCUGAGGGGCCCGAGACCUGUCGCUCCGCCUGGGGGGUCCGGUACCCGCGCUGCCGCCUGGGGGCCCGAUGCCUGUCGGCCCCGCCUGGGGGGGCCCGAUGCCUGUCGCCCCUCCUGGGGGCCCCGAUGCCUGCCGCCCCUGCCUCCUGGGGGCCUGAUGCCUGCCACUCCCCGCCUGGUGGCCCGAUGCCUGCCGCUACCGCCUGGUGGCCCGCUGGGCUGAUGCUUCGCCUGUCGAGACCAGCCCGAUGUGCCUCUGCCCGGAGUCCAGCCCGAUGUGCCUCUUGCCCGGAGUCCAGGCCCGAUGUGCAUCUGCCCGGGAGUCCAGCCCGAUGUGCCUCUGCCCGGAGUCCAGCCCGAUUUGUGCCUCUGCCCGAUGUGCCUCUGCCGAUGUGCCCCUGCCGCGGUGUGCCGCUGCCCGGGAGUCCUGCCCCG